GGCGAGAUGUUGCCCCACCAUAGAAAGUAAAAAGUUGGACUGAUUAUCAAGCACAUCGACAACUUUCUUUCCGUUACAACUCAAUACAAUAAAUAAACAAAGAAAUAUCUAAAAGAAGGAAACUUAUAAAACAAGAUCUCCCAUUUCUGCUUUUCAUUUCAACCUUACUACUACCAUAUACCCCCUUUUAGAAAUUCUUCAGAUACCCACAGCGAACCUCCCACCAUGUCUGCCCCGCACCAAGACGAUCUGGACGAUGCGCCAGAGAUGCUCGACGCCGAAGAUGCGCUUGAAGAAGUUGUAGACGCAGAAGGUGACAUAGCGAUGGACUCAGACGAGGAGCCAGAAGAAAUCACCCUACAUAACGACAGCAUAGCCUACUUCGACGCACACAAAGACUCCGUGUUCGCGAUCGCCCAACACCCCACCCAACCCUCACUUAUCGCAACAGGAGGCAGCGAAGGCGAUGGCGACGAUGCGCCAGGGAAGGGCUAUGUAUUCGACACAAGCCCCGUAGUCGGCCGCCCAGUUCUACCUCCUAGCUAUAACGCCGAUCCCUCGCAACAACAGAAGAGUUUUGAGUUAAAAUCGCUAUUUACGAUUGAGGGGCACAGCGACUCGAUCAACGCGCUGGCGUUCACGUUGCCGAAUGGAGAGUUCUUGGUCUCAGGAGGCAUGGAUGGUAGAUUACGCACAUACCAACUAUCCGUCGACGCACGCAAUAAACCCACAUUCGCUUUCUUGGCUGAGUCCCAGGAGGUGCCGGAGGUGAAUUGGUUGUCGCCGUGUCCGUCGUCGAAAUACCCGAAUACGAUUGCGCUAGGUGCUUCAGAUGGUUCCGUGUGGGUGUACACGAUCGAUGCUUCGGAUUCGUCGAACCCGAUGCAGAUUGUGCAGAGCUACUUCUUACAUACUGCAUCUUGCACGGCGGGUGCUUGGUCGCCUGAUGGAACGUUCCUGGCUACGGUGUCGGAGGAUAGUUCGUUGUAUGUCUGGGAUGUGUGGGGUGAGGCGGCGGCGAAAAACCUGGUCAAUGAUAAUGGCCAGACGGUAGUUUCUCUCACGGGCCAGGACCAACGUUUCGGCGUUGAAGGGGGUCUGUACUCAGUUGCCAUUGACCCGAAAUCCGCGUUCGUCGCUGUCGGUGGUGCAGGUGGUGCAAUCAAGAUAGUGGGUCUACCGCGAUUAGGCACAGACACGCAACCCGUGAACAGCAAACAGAGCAAAACUAAAGCCAAGGGCGCUGAGGCUGGAAGCGCACAAGGUGGUAAUAUCCUUGCGGAUUUACAGACACAGUCAGAUGGAAUUGAGACGCUUAGCUUUUCGCCGAAGCAGACACUUCUCGCGGCAGGUAGUGUGGAUGGUAGUAUAGCGGUAUACGACACAGCCCGCAAAUUCGCCGUUCGCCGGCAUAUUCGCGAAGCGCAUGAGGAGUUCAGUGUCGUGAGGACCGAGUUUGUAGCUGGCCUCGGCGAUGGCUGGUUGCUGACGAGUUGUGGGAUGGACGGUGUAGUCCGAAGGUGGGACGUCCGAGGCGCAGCUUCCUCGACGGAAAGCAGUUUGGUAAAGGAGUGGAGAGGCCAUAGAGGAGACGGAGAAGGAGGUGGUGUUUUGGGAUUUGUCCAGGGAAGUACGGGCGAGCGGAUUAUUACGGCGGGUGAUGAUGGCGUUGUGCUAGUAUUUGAGGCUUAGUGAUCCGAGGAUACUUAAUGAUAGGAGAAAAAUAACAAAACUAGUUUUGGAGCAAUUCGGCUCUAUUCAACUAAAUGAAAUCUCGCCGAUUUUCCUCGCGUGCUUUUUUUUAUGCUGAGACUCGUUGAUUAAAAAUAUUUGUUCGCAAGCAAAACCACACACCUCAGUGCUAUCC